AUGGGUGCGCUGCGGGUCUGCGGGCGCCGGGGGCGGGGAAAGCCUCGCCUAGCUGCGCGCGGGCCCCGCCCGGGACCCGGCGGGAGCGCGGGGCCGCCCCCUUCCUCCCUCGCCGGCGCUGGGCUGAGCCCGGAGCCGAGAAACCGAGUCGGCUCUGAGCUCUCUGCUUGGUUUUUGGGCGGCGGCAGCCGGAGGUGGAACAUGGCGCUCGUAGGCAACGGAGAAGAGCUGGAAGCGGACGAGGACAUCUUUGAAGAUGCCUUGGAAACCAUCUCUGUGUCUUCUCGUGCGGAUAUGGCUACAAGCAGCCACUACUUUUCAUCAUUUGAUGUAAAACAGGCAUCUGGACAGCACAGUUCAUCUAAUGUGAGCAGGUCUUCUAAGGCAUUUGUAAAAACAAGCACUUAUAAAUGUAUUGUGGAGCAGCCUCAAAGGACACCAGCAAAGUGGAGCGAAGCUUCAGACUUGAACAAGUCACCAUCAGCCAAGGUGGAUCUCAAGAGUGGCCUAGAAGAAUGUGCAGUGGCAUUGGACUUGUUUCUAAAUAACAAAUUUACAGAUGCCUUAGAAUUGCUUCGACCAUGGGCUAAGGAGAGUAUGUACCAUGCCUUGGGCUACAGUACCAUUGUGGUGUUGCAGGCCGUCAUGACCUUCGAGCAACAGGACAUCCAAAAUGGCAUUUCUGCCAUGAAGGACGCCUUACAAACCUGCCAAAAAUACAGGAAAAAAAGCACGGUUAUAGAAUCGUUCUCAAGUCUUCUUUCUAGAGGAUCAUUCGAACAGCUGACUGAAGAGGAGAUGCAUGCUGAAAUCUGUUAUGCCGAGUGUCUCCUACAGAAAGCCGCACUCACGUUUGUGCAGGAUGAAAAUAUGAUCAACUUCAUCAAAGGUGGACUGAAAAUUAGAACAAGUUACCAAAUAUAUAAAGAAUGUCUUUCUAUCUUGCAUGUAAUUCAGAAGAACAAGGUUGAACAGCAGUUCUUCUAUGAGUUUGAAGGAGGUGUCAAGCUUGGAAUAGGGGCCUUUAAUUUGAUGCUGUCCCUUUUACCAGCAAGGAUUAUCAGAUUAUUAGAAUUCAUAGGAUUUUCUGGAAACAGGGAACUGGGCCUCCUGCAGUUACGCGAAGGUGCAUCCGGAAGAAGCAUGAGGUCUUCACUAUGCUGCUUAACUAUACUAGCUUUUCAUACUUAUAUCUCCCUGAUACUUGGUACAGGAGAAGUGAAUAUUGUGGAAGCAGAGAGUCUUCUUGCACCCUUCCUCCAGCAGUUUCCAAAUGGCUCACUCAUGCUGUUUUAUCAUGCCCGGAUAGAGCUGCUGAAAGGGCAUGUGGAAGAGGCACAAGAGCUAUUUCGAAAAUGCAUUUCAGUUCAAGAAGAAUGGAAACAGUUUCACCAUCUCUGUUACUGGGAGCUGAUGUGGAUUCAUGUAUUCCAACAAAACUGGAUGGAGGCAUAUUACUAUUCAGAUCUGCUUUGCAAAGAGAGUAAAUGGUCCAAGGCAACUUAUGUGUUCUUGAAAGCUGCAAUUUUGAGUAUGCUUCCGGAGGAGGAUGUGGUAGCAACUAAAGAGAAUGUAGUCACUUUAUUCAGACAGGUGGAGAGCCUGAAGCAGAGGAUUGCGGGGAAGUCGAUCCCUACUGAGAAGUUUGCUGUGAGGAAGUCUCGCCGUUACUCCGCCUCCUUGCCUGCACCCGUGAAGCUCAUCUUGCCUGCCCUGGAAAUGAUGUACGUCUGGAAUGGUUUUCCAAUAGUGAGCAAAAGAAAAGACCUUUCUGAAAAUCUGUUGAUAACUGUCGAAAAGGCUGAGGCAGCUUUACAAAAUGAAAACUUGACUGACUACUCUGUAGACGACGAGUGUUUGGUGAAGUUGCUGAAAGGGUGCUGUCUGAAGAACUUACAGCGGCCCUUGCAAGCGGAAUUGUGUUUCAAUCAUGUUGUCCAAAGUGAAAAGCUACUGAAGUAUGACCACUACCUAGUGCCAUUUACUCUGUUUGAGUUGGCAUUUUUGUACAAAAGCCAAGGGGAAAUUGACAAGGCCAUAAAGGUCCUAGAAACUGCAAGAAACAACUACAAAGAUUACUCCAUGGAGUCCAGGCUACACUUCAGAAUUCAAGCAGCUCUUCACCUCUGGAAAAAACCUUCCUCAGAUUGAUCAGAACAAGAAGGGUGGAAUUUUCCCUCAAUUACCGCAUCUGCUAAAGAUUAGACCUUGUAUUAAAGUGGAAAAGUGAUCUUCUGAAUGAGAGA